UUGGUCUUUUACUCAUUAAAUAGGUUGACAAGGCAGCUUCUUCAGGCAGAUUUGCAAUGUUUAUAACAGUGCUUCAUGGUGACAAACAAAGGAGUCUGUUCAACACCCAGUGUAAAACAAUAGUCCUCUUAGACUGGAUCAAAGUGAAGUGUGGAUGUGAACAAGAAGCUGAGAUAGAUUUGGCAAAUUUGAAUGGUCAGGUGAUGAAUCUGCCGCAUCACAAAUCAACACCUGCUUCAGAUCGUCUACGCCAAAGGGAGGAAUACAUUCUCAUCAGCAUAAGCCGGACCAAUGAUCCAUCAAACCCAGUACACACUUCACUGCUUCGUAACCAUGACCUGCACAAUCCUCAGUGCUUAUCUAAAUUACGAGAGGAAAAAACUGAAGAGAAACCAUGUUCAUCUGCAGAAGCAAACAAGUUGAGCAGAAGGGUGACCUCAUCACUGUCCACUGAGAGCCAACCAAAACUCUACAAACAAAUACGCUUCUCAAGUGCAUCAACUUUUCAAACAUACCCUGUGUAACUGACAUA